AUGGGCUGCGCGUCGUCCAAGCAGUUCAGCAGGAGCGCGCCGGUGCACGAGGAUCCGGCCGUGCUGGCGUCCCAGACCUCAUUCACGGUGAACGGGGUGGAGGCGCUGUACAAGCUGUACAAGAAGCUCAGCUUCUCCAUCGUCAAAGACGGGCUCAUCCACAAGGAGGAGUUUCAGCUCGCCUUGUUCAGGAACAGCAACAGAGCGAACCUCUUUGCAGACCGGGUCUUCGAUCUGUUCGAUCUCAAACGGAACGGAGUCAUCGAUUUCGAGGAAUUCGUGCGGUCGCUCAGUGUAUUCCACCCUAAAGCACAUAUAUCGGAGAAGACAGCGUUCGCGUUCAAGCUGUAUGAUCUAAGGGGGACAGGUUACAUCGAGAAAGAAGAGCUCAGAGAGAUGGUCUUGGCACUGCUUGAUGAGUCUGAUCUCUGCCUUUCAGAUAGCACUGUCGAGACGAUUGUCGAUAAUACAUUCAGUCAAGCGGACUCAAAUGGGGACGGCAGGAUAGAUCCUGAAGAAUGGGAGGAAUUUGUGAAGAAGAACCCGGCAACAUUAAGAAACAUGUCUCUCCCCUAUUUGCAGGACAUUACCAUGUCAUUUCCGAGCUUCAUAAUGCAUUCAGAAGCCAGUGACUGA